GCGCUCGGGGCCGCGGCGUUCGGACGCCGUAGCGGGGGAGGAGGAGGAGGGAUAUGGCGGCGGGGGCCUCGGCGAAGACGACGUCGACACCCACACGGAGAGCGGGUCGGCGAGGCACCCGCGGGAGGGAGGAGCCGCCGCUGCAGCCGCCUCAGCUCCCGCGGGCCCGCUCGGAGCACUGACCGACCGCCUUCCCCCGCCGCCUCGCUCAGGCCGCGGCCCGCUUCGUUCUCGCUCCUCCCCGGACUCGCCUCCGCCUCUGUUGACCUCGGAGGCUGAGGCGCUCCCCGCCCCAACGCCCACCCGGGAGUGCCGGCAGCGGCGCCUGGGGGCGGCGGCCUGCGGUCCCCAGCGUCGGGGAGGCCUCCGCCGUCCCCCUCCCCACCAGGCGCGGGCAGUGUGCUUAGCCGAGGGGACCGUCGUUUUAGUGGUGAUUAUGCAUGGUCGGCCGAGGGCCGGUGGUCAGAGCCCUUCGCCCAGAGGCCAUCGAACAGGCAGCGAGCCCUCCCACGUCUCUCUCUUCGAUUGAUAUCCCCGACGUCCCCCGCUUAGGCUAGAGUAAGCCCAGCGUCCGCUUCUCGGGAAGAGUGGAGUCAACAACCAUGUAUUUUCUCAGCGGCUGGCCUAAGAGGCUAUUAUGUCCUCUGGAGUCCCUGGAGCAACCUCUUCACAUCCAGACGGAUCCCCAGAGAGCUUUCUUCGCAGUGUUAUCCCCAUCUCAACUGAGCGUCUGGUACUGCAGACCCAGUGUAUUAAUUGUAAGCUACAAGGAGCUAUCAAAAGCAGCUUCUCAAUUUGGACCUUAUAAACAAGCGGAAUGGCGGCCUGACAGCACCAUGAUAGCUGUUUCAACUGCAAAUGGAUACAUCUUAUUUUUUGAAAUCCCGUCAGCAAGAGACAAGUAUCUUUAUGAGCCCGUGUAUCCAAAAGGAAGCCCACAUCUGAAGGGAACUCCACAUUAUAAGGAAGAACAAUGUGCUCCUUCAUUAAAUCUAGAAAUGAAGAAAGUGCUGGACUUACAAGCCUCUAUUACAAGUUUGCAGUCCAUGUUAGAGGAUCUGCUUGUUGCAACUGCUGAUGGAUUUCUCCAUCUUGUUCACUGGGAUGGUAUGACCAAUGGAAGGAGGGCCAUCAACUUAUGUACAGUUCCAUUUUCUUUGGACCUGCAGUCGUCUCGAGCAGGUUCAUUUUUGGGCCUUGAAGACGUUUACAUCAGAGAUAUGGAAUACUGUGCCACGCUUGAUGGUUUUGCUGUUGUUUUUAAUGAUGGCAGGGUUGGUUUCAUCACACCAAUGUCAAGCAGAUUCACUGCUGAGCAGCUCCAUGGUGUUUGGGCACAAGAUGUGAUUGAUGGAACUUGUGUGGCAGUAAAUAACAAAUACCGGCUAAUGGCAUUUGGAUGUGCAAACGGCUCUGUGCAGGUUUAUACGAUAGAUACCGCCACUGGCGCCAUGCAGUUUUCUCAUAAAUUGGAGCUGACACCAAAACAAUAUCCUGAUAUUUGGAACAAAACAGGACCUGUGAAGCUAAUCAGAUGGUCACCUGAUAGCUGUGUUGUGAUGGUCACCUGGGAAUGUGGAGGCUUGUCCUUAUGGAGUGUUUUUGGGGCUCAGCUUAUCUGUACUUUAGGAGGUGAUUUUGCGUAUCAGUCCGAUGGUGCCAAAAAGGACCCUCUAAAGAUCAGUUCUAUGACCUGGGGAUCAGAAGGAUAUCAUCUGUGGGUUAUUGAUGGGAAUUCUUCUCCAAACGUGAAGCCUGAAAGAGAUGGAAACAGUGAAGCUUGUCAGUUUGGUAUUCUGCAGUUUCAUUUCAUCAAGAGUGCACUCACUGUUAAUCCUUGCAUGAGUAACCAGGAACAAGUCCUCCUUCAAGGAGAAGAUCGCUUGUAUUUGAACUGUGGAGAUGCAACACAGGCUCAGAGUCCCAGAAAUACUUCAGCUCACUCUGAACAUAAGCCUACCAGGGAAAGAGGGCCAUUUUCAGAUGGCAGUUUAGAUUCUCAGGGUUUAAGCACUUUACUAGGACACAGACAUUGGCAUGUUGUACAGAUUCAUAGUACAUAUCUAGAGAGCAACUGGCCUAUAAGGUUUUCAGCUAUUGACAAGCUUGGACAGAAUGUAGCUGUUGUUGGCAAGUUUGGUUUUGCACAUUAUUCUUUACUCACCAAAAAAUGGAAGCUGUUUGGAAACAUUACCCAGGAGCAAAAUAUGAUAGUAACAGGUGGCUUAGCAUGGUGGAAUGACUUCAUUGUUCUUGCAUGCUAUAAUCUGAAUGAUCAUCAGGAAGAGCUGAGAAUCUACCUGCGAACAUCUAAUCUUGACAAUGCAUUUGCACACAUCACCAAAGUGCAAGCAGACACCUUACUACUGAGUAUUUUCCGGGACAUUGUAAUAUUGUUCAGAGCAGAUUGUUCCAUUUGCCUUUACAGUAUUGAGAGAAGGCCAGAAGGUCUUAACCCUACUGCCAGUAUCCAAGUUCUUCAAGAAGUGUCCAUGUCUCGGUACAUUCCUCAUCCAUUUCUUGUAGUGUCUGUUACAUUGACAUCAGUGAGGACAGAGACUGGCAUCACCUUGAAGAUGCCUCAGCAGGCUUGUGAGGCUGAAAGUAUUAUGCUAAACUUAGCAGGACAACUCAUCAUGUUGCAAAGGGACAGAUCUGGACCCCAGAUACGAGACAAGGAUAAUAAUCCUAAUCAAAGGAAGCAUCUGCCUUUUUGUGCUCCAGUUGUCCUAGCCCAGUCUGUUGAAAAUGUAUGGACUACUUGCAGGAUCAACAAACAGAAACGACACUUACUGGAGGCUCUGUGGCUCAGCUGUGGUGGGGCAGGUAUGAAAGUCUGGCUUCCACUGUUUCCCAGAGAUCACCGGAAACCGCAUUCCUUUCUGUCAAGACGGAUCAUGCUGCCUUUCCACAUCAACAUAUACCCAUUGGCUGUUUUGUUUGAAGAUGCCUUGGUUCUUGGUGCUGUUAAUGACACUGUGCUUUAUGACUGUUUAUACACUCAAACCAGUGCUAGAGAACAUUUAGAGGUUCUCUUUCCUUUCUCCAUUGUUGAGAGAACCUCUCAGAUCUACCUCCAUCACAUUUUACGCCAGCUCUUGGUUAGGAACCUCGGUGAACAAGCCUUGCUUUUGGCCCACUCCUGUGCCACAUUACCAUACUUUCCUCAUGUACUAGAACUGAUGCUUCAUGAAGUGCUGGAAGAAGAAGCUACCUCGCGGGAGCCCAUUCCCGACCCUCUGCUUCCCACUGUGGCAAAGUUCAUUACAGAGUUCCCCCUCUUCCUGCAGACAGUUGUUCAUUGUGCUAGGAAGACGGAAUAUGCCCUGUGGAAUUACCUUUUUGCUGCUGUUGGAAACCCGAAGGACUUAUUUGAAGAGUGCUUAAUGGCCCAGGACUUGGACACAGCUGCCUCUUACCUUAUUAUCCUACAGAAUAUGGAAGUUCCAGCAGUUAGCAGGCAACAUGCUACCCUCUUGUUUAAUACUGCCUUAGAGCAGGGAAAGUGGGAUCUUUGUCGUCAUAUGAUCAGAUUUCUUAAAGCCAUUGGCUCUGGAGAAACAGAGACACCUCCAGCUACACCAACAACUCAGGAACCUAGUUCAAGUAGUGGCUUUGAGUUCUUCAGGCAUCGCAGCAUUAGUUUGUCCCAAUCAGCAGAGAAUCUCCAUAGCAAAUUUAACUUGACGAAAACACUGAGUAUGCCAUCUGGCCCAUCUGGGAAAAGGUGGAGUAAAGACAGUGACUGUGCUGAGAACAUGUAUAUCGACAUGAUGCUGUGGCGUCACGCUCGGCGCCUGCUGGAAGAAAUCAAGCUGAAAGACCUUGGCUGCUUUGCUGCACAGUUGGGCUUUGAGCUGAUUGGGUGGCUAUGCAAGGAGCGAGCCAGAGCUGCCCGGGUGGAGGAUUUUGUGUUUGCUCUGAAAAAGCUGCACAAGGAUUUCCUCUGGCCGUUGCCAGUCAUUCCAGCUUCGUCCAUCAAUUCACCUUUCAAGAAUGGAAAAUACAAGACAGCCAUGGGGGAGCAGCUGCUAAAAUCUCAGUCUACAGACACCUUUGUAAACAUGGAAAUGGACACAGCAGUUUCAAACACACCCCGAAGUCGCAGCUGGCUUGGCAAUAUCAGCUCCUCUCAGAGAGAGAUUGACACCGUUUCAUCCCAUGGACCACACAUGCAAGAUGCAUUCCUUUCUCCUUUGCUAAGUAAAGGUGACGAAUGCAGCAUUGGUUCAGCAACAGACCUGACUGAAACAAGUUCCAUGGUGGAUGGUGACUGGACCAUGGUGGAUGAAAACUUCUCCAGUCUAAGUUUAACUCAAUCAGAGCUUGAACAUCUCUCGCUAGAACUGGCUAGUAAAGGGCCACACAAGUCACAGGUCCAGCUGAGGUACUUGCUUCAUAUCUUCAUGGAGGCAGGAUGUCUGGACUGGUGUGUUGUCAUAGGCUUGAUCCUUAGAGAAUCUUCAGUAAUCAGCCAGGUUUUCAGUAUGAUGCAAUCCUCUGAUAUUGACAGAGAAAUCUGUCAGAAUAUCAAGACUGGCCUAUAUGCUGUUGACAAAUGGGCUUCUACAGAUUGCCCUGGGUACAAGCCAUUUCUAAAUAUCAUCAAACCACAGAUCCAGAAACUAAGCGAAAUAGCAGAAGAGCAAGUACAGCCUGAAGCUUUUCAACCAGUGAAUCCUUCUAAGGCUACCGAGCAAGCAAACCCCAGAGCUGAGGAGAGCAGGACUUCAUCUAGCCAUGGCACUAGUCCUCAGAGUGAUGCUGGCAACAGCAAUGCAAGCAGGCAUGAAGAGGACAAGUCUAAGACAGAAGAUGAGGACUCAUUCCAUGAAGGCAGUUAUGACUGUACUGUGUCUUAAAUGGAAGAUGAACAACUUCCCAAGCAUCAGGUGUGAAAGGAAGCAAACCAGCUCUUAGACAUGCUUCCACAUUUUGGAUGUUUUCUUUUUCUUUUUUUUUAGUAUUUGACUCUUUGAAAUUUUUAGUGGGGAUAACUAAGAAGCAGUUUAAUCUGAUAAUUUCAAAAGGAGGAAAGGUUUUUUUGGAUGCCAUCUUCAGACUGCAGUUUUAGGUUUUGAUACUUAGUGGUGUUGAGAGACAGUGAAUACAUAGGUUCAGCUAAUGCUCAUCUGUACCCUUAUAUCACUGACACACGCCCUGAAGAAACUACUUACUUAUCUCUGGCUCGAGUUAGAGGCAAAGAGGGGAUUAAACGUGAAAACUCUUAUCCUUUGCCGCUUGCCUGCCUAAGAAAUGUCUGAUCAAUGCAGUUCAGAUUGGUUUGAUAUCGGUAUUUUGUAUUAAAGGACUGUAAAGUAUAUUGUAUGUUUUUGUGAAUACUCUUGUACAAAUACUCACAGUUGUACCAUAUCUGAAGGUACCUAUAUGUGUUGUGCAUGUUUCUAGAUGACUAGUAAAGCUAAAGCAGAGUUGCACUUCUUUCUGGAUGAGGCAUACUUUAAUGACCUAAUAUUGACUCACAGUGGCUUACUUGUUUUUUACUGCCACUUACAGAUCUUGUAGUUGGGUUGAAGGGAUUGCUGAAGGUUAUUUAUUUCAAUGUAAAUUCUUUUCUGAAAAAUGGAUUUUUUAAGCGUAAAUAAUCAUCAUAUACUCUUGCUAUGGAAAAUUAGUUUAACAGCUCAUACUUAAACAUUUUUCAAACAUUUUAUAAUAUGCAUACUUGUAACUAAGACAUACUUAACUUUCAUACAAUGUUAUGGAAAGUUGGCUGCAAAAGUCUGUUGCUUUGAGGUACUUUUCUAGCUGCUGUCCCUAUGUAAUAACUACCUGUAACAGUAUUAAUUUAGAUAUUAGCUUGUUUGUACUGUGCAAUCUGAACAAAAAUGCAACAUUACUCAUUUUAUACAAAAUAAACUAGUUUAUUUUUUAUAACAUCACUUGAUUACUGACAUGGACCAAACUAGUCAUGAUAGAGUAGUUACAACACAUCUGUUGCUUUUAUAGUGUAGUUACUACAUGCACAUCCAUUUAAACUCUGAAAAUUAAGAAUAUUCACAAUUAAGUUGAAAUGAAUUGUGGUUUCAUCAUUUUAUUUCCUUUGUAGAUAAGAUCAAGUGCUUUAUAAUGUACAGAUACUAAACUGUUGCUUUAGGAUGGCUUUAUUAAGCCAGUACAACCAGUACAAGUGCAAUAAUUGUGAGUAUUACUUGGAAAGCUGGAGAUUUUAGUGAUUGUAGCUUGAAUUUCCAUUUAAGAGUUGGAACUAAUGUUGAUGUUACAGGAAGGAAAGCCAGUUCAAGAGUCCCAGCAUUAAGCUUAGUCUGCAUUGUAGCUACUGGUUACAGAUGUCUGUCAUACCUACAAGCCUGUUGUGAUCUUACAUCAAAAUCCAUUAUUGUUAUAAGGGGAUACUUAAAGCUCUUUUUAUGAUUAAAAAAACCUGCUUAAUCUAUGUUAAAAGAAAUAAAAACUGUGCUUCAAGUUUUAGUAUUUUUCUGUGGUUCUGUGGUAAUGACGUAAGCCAAGUCCAUCCUGAACAGCUUUUGGAUCAGUUCAGGUUUUGGAUCUGUACAACUGAAAAUGUACAUUAACUGAUAUACUAACAUUCUUAAUAUUAGUAUCUUACUACUGUGCUACUGUUGUUUAGCAGUGAAACCUUUUUAGUUGUGAAAUUUCAGAAGUUUGUACUUCUUUAGUAGUAAUUAUCUCUAUGCAAAUCUUAUGUGCUAAUUUUGUAUUUCAAUUUCACUGCUGUUAUACCUGUAAUUAAAAUACAAAUGUAUUCAACUUUACUUGAAGUUACUCCUGUGGAAAUAACUGUUUCUGACUUCAAGCAAUUGACAGUAAAUUAGCAGAAUUCAGGUAGGUUUCAUAGCCACAAGGAGUGGCUCAGAACUCAGAGCCACAAAGGUCUCACAGAAGCUUCCACGUUAAAAACAACUUUAUUAUGUCAUCUUUGAGAUUACAUCCACCUGUUGUUUUGAAAAGAGAUGUGUUAUGUUCAGAUGGGAAAGGUGUGGUAGCAAUGGGGUGCUGCAGGGGUGUCCUUGGGCAGCAGAGCCUAGGAGCUGCGCCUGUGUCAGGCACAACCAGAGACCAGGAGCCCAUCAGGCAAGCUGGUGCCUCCUUGCUGUAAUGUAUUUAAGAAGAGGUUAAAAAAACCCAUGUGCUACAGCAGCUGUGAGAGAUGAAUGAGGAAAAAAAGAUGAACACUCCUGCAGAGAGCUAGGCU